AUGCCUCCUAAUGGUUCCACUAAACGCUCUGGUUGGUUGAACAGACAGGUGAACAAACGAGCUGAACCUACAGUUCAGGCAUCUAAACCUCCCAUCAAAGAGUUGAUAUGCGACUCCUGCGCCUGUUGUGGUACCAUUAUCAAGUAUCCUUCCGACGUCUCCAGAGUCAUGUGUAUGGUUUGCCAAACGAGCUUCACCACGUGCAUAUCGAGUACUGCUGAUUCACCUCAAUUGCCUCAAUUUUCUAUCUCCUUUAACGAAUUGAAGGACACCAUCCAACAAUGUCACGGCCAACCCGACUUUAAAGCUGUGCAGAAUCUCAUCAUUCGCAGCUUUUCCUCGGAUUCCGUGCUCAAUGCUUCGUUCAAACUAGACUCUAGAAGCUCCUCCUCAUACCACUCGCCUAAUCUCAACUACGCCGAGCUUCGAAAAUUCUACUCCUUACUAAGGAAACUUCCCACUAACGCCGUCUUUUACAGGCUUUUAAUUACCUCUCUACACCUUCUCAGACAUCCCCCUCGCAUUUCCGAUGUACAUUCAAUUAGCUGGCUUCUUAUUCUACUGGAGAUCCCAUUGUUGCCCGAAUCUCUUAUCAGCGGUAACGAUACAGCAACAAAUGGCACCAGUUCUUUGGCGCCUCAAUUGAAAUCCAUCUGCUAUGAUAUAUUGAAGCGCGUAAUUGGACUUAUGGCUCAUAUGGACAGAAAAUGUAUGCAGUAUGUGACCAAUUGGUGGUCUAAAUUGCCCGACAACGAGUUUGUCCGCAAGAUUGACUUUCUCAACUUGUACAUAACUUUCCAGUUGACUCGUUGCAUAAACUACGAGAUCUACAACACUGUGAUCAACACUUCUUCUUAUGUCUGUGCGCAGAAUAUACCUGACGAUGAUAUUAACUACAAAGAUACUCUAAGAGCACAUUUCAUUCGUCCUACAUCACAAAGUUCAGACUUUGGUCUAUCUAUCAGAAUACCGCUUUUCAUUUCUUCUGGAGGUAGGAGACUAUCGACAACGAAUGGGCAGCUGCACCAGCAAUCAUCUUCUCCUUGGGGCGGAGCUGGAUCCAAGACUAAUAAAGAGCAUUAUAUCAAGAUUAAGAUUCAACAAUAUAGUGACGAAUGGCAUUUAAGAACCGCUGCAAGAGUCUUAUCUUUACUAUUUUCAGCCAACAAGAAUCGUUCUAAAGUUCCAGAAGCUGCCUUCUACAACUGCCUGGUAGAUUAUGUCAAUGUGAAGCAGGAUUUUGAUUCGUGGCAGUUUACCACGACUACCAAAAUGCAUGAACGGGACCUAAAAUUGAGUAACGACUCAUCGCUUCUUGUUCUAGACUAUCUCAAAGCAGAAUCCAACGGUAUUUAUCUCAAUGUCACGUCUAGAGAUGGUGCCUCAUUACGCAAACCAUCGUUUACCUUCUGUCAAUUCCCAUUUCUAAUUUCUCUGGGAGCGAAAAUCACGAUCUUAGAACACGAAGCCAAAAGAAACAUGGAACGUAAGGCUGAAGAAGCUUUCAUUCAAUCAAUCAACAAAAAAAUCCCGUUUGGCAUGUACUUCAAGAUCCGUGUUAGGCGUACACAUGUUACAAAUGAUUCUUUACGCUCCAUCAAAGCGCACCAGAACGAGUUUAAGAAAUUGCUUCGUGUUGAGUUUGUCAACGAACCAGGAAUUGAUGCUGGCGGAUUGAAGAAAGAAUGGUUUUUGCUUCUCACUAAGGAACUCUUUGAUGCCGAAAAGGGACUCUUCUCGUACAACGAGACUUCUCAUCUUUGCUAUUUUGCACGCUCACCGAUCAACAGCGAUGAGCUGUACUAUCUUGUCGGAGCUGUACUAGGGUUAGCAAUAUACAAUUCGACCAUCUUGGAUUUGAAACUUCCUAGAGCAUUAUACAAGAAGUUAAUGAACAGGAAAGUAACACUACAUGACUUCAUUCAAUUGGAUCCGGAAACAGGCGCUGGAUUACAACGACUAUUGACAUGCCAUGGUGUGCAAGAUUUAGCAAUUUUUUUUGAGGUCACUUACAAAGACAUCUUUGACGAUAUAGUCACCAAAGAGUUAAUCAAAGGAGGAUCACAAGUGCCUGUUACAGAUGAGAACAAGUAUGAAUAUGUGGAAAGAUAUAUGAACUUCUUUCUUAACGACACUUGCAAACAACCAUUUGAAGCAUUUUGCAAAGGCUUUUAUAACGUUGUGGGAGGAAACGCAUUGUCAUUAUUCACACCUGAAGAGAUUCAGCUCAUUUUGAUAGGAGACGAAAGUAGUAGUAAGUUAGAUACUUCAAUAAUGAGAUCCAUCACGAAAUAUAAUGGAUUCCAGGCGGAUGAUGAGAUUAUCGAUUGGUUCUGGAACUAUUUCGACAAUUGUUCCACAGCAGCACAAAAGAAGCUGCUUUUCUUUGUCACAGGAACGGACAGACUACCGGCAACUGGAUUGCCGUCUUUGCAUUUCAAGAUAACUCGACUGUGCGACAGCAGCAUCAAGUUACCAACUUCGCAUACAUGCUUCAAUGAACUCUGUCUUUACGACUACCAAUCACAGGAGAUCUUCAAAGAAAAAAUGGAUCUGGCAUUGGAUUACGGUGAAGGAUUUGGUUUGAGGUAG